GGUUGUGUUUUGACAAAAUAUUUUUUUUACCAUGGCUACUUGUUUUAAUCCAUUUAGGCUGAGAAGGUCUAAGAGUAAACCAUUAGAAAUGCCUUCAUCUUCUUCAAGAACUAGGUGGAAUUUAUCUGAUAUGGAAACAAUGGACAAGAAAAGAUUUGAUAGUUUAGAUUCAUGGUCAAUGAUAUUAGAAUCUGAUAAUGUUGAAACUUGGGAAGUAUCUAAAGAGGAUCAAGAGGAAUGGACAGCUGAUUUGUCUCAGCUUUUUAUAGGUAACAAAUUUGCUUCUGGUGCACAUAGCAGAAUUUAUAGAGGAAUUUAUAAGCAAAGAGCAGUUGCUGUAAAAAUGGUUAGAAUUCCAACUCAUAAGGAGGAAACUAGAGCUAAGCUUGAACAACAGUUCAAGUCUGAAGUUCGUCUGCUUUCGAGUUUAUAUCAUCCCAACAUUGUGCAGUUCAUUGCCGCUUGUAAAAAGCCUCCUGUAUACUGUAUCAUUAUGGAGUACAUGUCACAAGGAACAUUGAGGAUGUAUCUCAACAAGAAAGAGCCUUAUUCACUUUCCGUAGAAACUAUUUUGAGGUUAGCUCUCGAUAUAUCACGAGGGAUGGAGUAUCUUCAUUCACAAGGGGUGAUUCAUAGAGACCUCAAAUCAAGUAAUUUACUUCUGAAUGACGAAAUGCGUGUCAAGGUUGCAGAUUUUGGGACGUCGUGUCUUGAGACACAGUGCCGGGAAGCCAAAGGAAAUAUGGGAACUUACCGUUGGAUGGCACCAGAGAUGAUUAAGGAAAAACCUUAUACUCGCAAAGUUGAUGUGUACAGUUUCGGAAUUGUGCUCUGGGAGCUCACAACAGCUCUGUUACCAUUUCAAGGAAUGACCCCCGUGCAAGCCGCUUUUGCUGUUGCUGAGAAGAAUGAACGACCACCCUUGCCGGCCAGUUGUCAACCAGCACUUGCACACCUCAUAAAACGCUGCUGGGCGGCGAACCCCUCGAAGAGGCCAGACUUCAGAGACAUCGUUUCUGCUCUAGAGAAGUACGACGAAUGUGUCAAGGAAGGCCUUCCGCUGACUCUCCAUUCAGGACUAGUCAGCCGAAACGCCAUUAUUGAACGCUUGAAAGGCUGUGUAUCCAUGAGUUCAUCUAUAAUUGUACAUGUCUGACUCUUUUUUACCAAACAAUAAUUGCCAUUUGUAUUUGAUCAAAAGCCUUUUGGUUCUCCAAUAGGUUUAGUAAAUUACAACUUGUAUAUAUUCAUUAAUGUGUACUUAUCACAUCUGAUGUAAUCCAUGUUAUAGGAUAUUUAACAUUAAUAUGAAUGGUCUGCUGGUGGCAUUUCA